AUGUCUGAUCCGCUUUCUCUCACAGCGAGUGUCGUUGGCAUUGUAGGUGCACUACUACACGGCUCUAAGCGACUUUACGAAUUUAUCGAUAGCCUUCAAGAUGCACCAAAAGACAUCGCCGCUAUAUCGACCGAUUUGAGGGCCUUGUAUGAGAUCCUUGCCCAUAUCACGAAUGUCCAGGAUAGGUUAUCCAGUCACCUCGCCCUCUGUGCCAGCUUAAAAGCACCUUUGGAGAAUUGCUUGAACCUAUUCGACGAGUUCACGGCCUUGCUACAAGGUUUCACUCAGACCUCAAGAGAUGGGACCAUCCAAAUUCGAAUUUGGAAGCAAAUGGCCUGGGCGUUGAAAGACAAGGAGAUCCAGCUUUUUCGGGAUACGGUUACGACAUAUAAAGUAUCGUUGGAUAUGGCGCUGAGUGCCAUGACCUUUUCCACCAUUGCGUCAUUGAAUGAACGUAGCAAAAGCAUCGAAACAGACUUUAAAGAGGAGUUCAAAGACAUAAAAUCUAGGUUGCAGGCUUUGGAUAAUGAUCGUAUCGAGUUGGCUAGUGUGGCAGGGUGCAAAGGCUCCGAAUGGUAUGGGACAGAAGUCGAUUUUGCAAUGAAACGUUUCCUCGAGUAUACCGAGUCACUCUGUGACUCACCUCCAGCAUCAUUUCCUGGAUCACCAGUUCAACGUUCGUCCGAAGACUGCGAUGAGCUUGAUACACAACAAGCGUUACCAGAUACAUCAGUAUCACGCCAAGUCAACGACAACAACAGCACAGUACCAAUCACUGGAAAGAAAAAUAUGGGAUUGUUUAGUGAAACAAACCCUCCCGCGCUUGGUAUCUAUUCAUUCAACCCUGAUUUACUAACGGUUGAAGGAAGGAUGCCAAAGUGGAUGGAAGAUUUGAUAUCGGGACCGAAAGAUACAUUCAUUGAUUCAGAGUCUGAGAGUCCUUCCAACACCGAAGCUCGUCUGACGACACCAGGUGCAACCAUAAAUCGAGGCAGUAGGGGAGAUCAAUCAUCAACGCACAAUGCUUCUUAUCCCCAAUUCUCCCGCGAGGUCAUGAAUCACAAUGAAAAGGCCCAAAUACCUACAGCCUAUGACGAUUUGACGACACUCGGAUUGAAAGAGAUUCAUAGCACAAGCGGAUUAGACGCCGCCAGAGUGCUCUGGCUGGUUGCUACUCGGAAAGAUCCCCAGUUCAAAAUCGGCCAUGUCGAUAUGUCAUGUUCCUUUGUCGUCUGCGACAUCACUCUUGAAGACUGCCCCAUAGUAUUCGUCUCUGAUAGCUUUCAAACUCUCACGGGAUAUAGUCGACGUGAAGCUCUUGGUAGGAACUGUCGGUUCCUACAAUCGCCAGAGGGGGAAGUCUAUAGAGGCUACCCUAGGCACUUUACAGACGGCGUAGCUGUGUACAGUCUUAAGAAAAAUGUACACAAGAGGCGAGAAACCCAAAUAAGCAUUGUAAACUAUCGUAACGGAGGUCAGCCAUUCUUGAAUCACCUUAGUAUUAUCCCCAUACCCUGGGAUACGGACGAGAUUCGGUAUUACGUUGGCUUUCAGACAGACCUGGUCAAAAUAGUUCCCAGAGGCCUAUGGACAUAA